AUGUCAGUAUCGUUACCACCAAACACUUUUCCGAAACAAUAUCCGUUUCUGACCAGGCAGGAAUUCGAAAUUGCUGCAAAAUUGUUUAUUGCACAGUCUCGAAAAGCGGGUGACACCGAGGUUUGGAACUGGGUUGAGCACGAGAAGGUAAAGGGAUUCGGUUACUUAUGUCGAAGUUCAAUAGUACCAAAGGUGAUGGAUAAAGAUGCAGGAGAUUUGGAAGAAGAUAUUACACCGAUGGACGAUGUGAAUGAGCAGCGAGUUGAAGUUGUGGAGGAAGAGGAUCCUAGUGUAGGGAUUGCAUUGUUAGAUCUCAUUGAGUUUCCUACGUUACUCACACGAGACGAAUACUUGACGGUCAACUAUCAUAUCAUAUUUUCAACUUCGUAUAAGGUUCCCGUACUUUAUUUUAAUGUAUGCUAUGAUGAUGGCACACCGCUAAAAAUCGAUGAAAUAUAUUCGCAUUUGGUUCAACCGUUGAGACUUGACGAUAUAAAAACCGCGGGAUUUUAUGGCGGUAUAUCACAACAGGAUCAUCCAACCCUUUCGAUUCCAUUUUACUUUCUUCAUCCUUGCGAAACUGCCACAUUGAUGAGGUCGAUAGUUGAAUUCAACACAAGCGAAAAUCUUGAGGAAGAAAGAAUAACAUUAGAAGGGUACAUUAGAAGUUGGUUGAGUUUCGUUGGGCCUGUUGUAGGUUUAAAGGUUGGGAUCGAAUACUUUCUUGAGAUUUGA